GUCCCUACAGAGGCAGGACGGUGUGCUGUUGGACAGCGCUUGCUGAGGCUUCAGAGACACACUCCCAAAGACAGCCCAAGAUCCUGACACAAUGAGGAAGCAUCUGGGCAGGUGCUGGCUGGCCAUUUUCUGUGUCCUGCUGUGCAGCCAGCUCUCAGCAGUCAAGGCAAGAGGCAUAAAGCACAGGAUCAAGUGGAACCGGAAGGCUCUGCCCAGUACCUCCCAGGUCACGGAGGCACAGAAGGCGGAGAUCCGCCCUGGAGCUUUCAUCAGGCAGGGCCGAAAGCUUGAUAUUGACCUUGGCGCUGAGGGCAACAAGUACUACGAGGCUCACUACUGGCAGUUCCCGGAUGGGAUCCACUACAAUGGCUGCUCCGAGGCCAACGUGACCAAGGAGAAGUUUGUCACCAGCUGCAUCAACGCCACCCAGGUGGCCAACCAGGAGGAGCUGUCCCGCGAGAAACAAGACAACAGGCUUUACCAGCGGGUCCUGUGGCGGCUGAUCCGGGAGCUCUGCUCUGUCAAGCACUGUGAUUUUGGGUUGGAAAAGGGAGCAGGACUUCAGGUCAUCGUAGACCAGCCCAUGAUGUUCUGCCUGCUGGUUUUCAUUUGGUUCGUCGUGACCUAAGCUUGCAGGCAGGCUGGCGGCUGCGGGGACAGGAGGGGGAGCAAACUGCUGAGUGAUCCCAGUUCUUUCUCCAGGCCCAAACCCCCACGUGUCCCGAAGGAACCGAAGAGCCAGGCAUUCCCUCCGGUAUCCAUUUGCGUUUGAUAAGUGUGUGUGUACCAGUCCCCUCCAGGCUCUACCGAAGGCGGCCUUGUAAUCACCACAUUCUCAGCUCCCAGUGGAGUGUCUGGCACGGCGUGCUCCGCAGUAAAUGCUGGGGGAACAGAUAAGAGAAUGCGCCAGGGACCACACCCCGCGCUCCACAGCAUCUCCCGACCCCUCUUAGAGGCAGGUGCUCUUCCCACGGUAUAGAUGAGGAAACUGAGGCUCCAACAGGUGAAGUGCUGGAGAGUAGCAGAGCCAAAAUUCAAUCCUGGCUUGUCUAACCCCGGAUUUUCCCGCUCUGUGCAAUCCCAGAGCCGUCUUGCGAUCCCUUCCUUACUGCUCGAAAGACCCAAACUGAAACAUAGAUUUCUGACAAAACCGCAGAAACCCCACUUUGAGAAAUAUGAACCGGCCUGAACUGAUGGCCAUGUACUUUAAUACCUUGUUACAUGGAGGUUUUAUUUAAUUCUUCUCAUUAAACUAAGGUACAAGAAAGGGACUAAAAGAACACAGAGGUUGAGCUAGACAAAGGCCCAAAAAUCAUGGUAUAAGGCCAUCUCGGCAGGCGCGUUCCCAGAGCAGACCAGAAACACGGCAGGAUGUGUCCUCAGCACAAAGGGUUUUUGGUUUUGGUUUUUUGUGUUUUUCUUCAUAAGAAGAAUAAGCGAGUGCUGUUCCUGUCUCUGAAAUAUUACCUGGAUUUGAGAAAGUAUUUUUAACUGACAUGUUUACUUUCUGAUGUUCCCUUGGCCCUUUCUGCAUCGAUGUACCUACCUAUGGGAAUCUUAAAUAUACUCCGUUUACACGGGUACCACACCAAUCUCCCGCUGCUCUUUUACCCCCACCUCAGUGAGGGGCCGUCAUUUCUGUGAACCACUUACCACUAUAAAAAAAAUAAUUCCUUGUCCAACAAGGUUCAAGAGAAGCCAUGUCUUUAGGGAGACCCAACAAAGAAUUCACUCAUGCCCUAAUCAAGAUUAGAUAUGCCUUUUA